AUGGCGCAAGGGAUUCUUCAGACAUCAAACAAUGAAUGUCCAGAAGAUGUUGGUAAUAAGUAUUUUAUGGCUUUACUUGGGAAAUCAUUUUUCCAAGAUCCACAACAUGAUAGAUGGGGCAAUGUAACCGCAUGUAAGAUGCAUGAUCUUAUGCAUGACCUUGCACAAUCAGUUGCAGGAACUGAAUGCAUCAUGCAAACUUUUGAUAAGGUUGAAUGUGUGGAUACUUUACCACUAUUUGUAAUAAGUGAGAGAAUUAUGGAAGCCGACAGAAAAAGCAAACAUAGUGGGACAAAGGAAUUAAAUGGGUUGAAGAACUUGAGAGGAAAACUCAAAAUUAAGAAUUUAAAAUUUGAGGAAAGUAGCAAGUUGGCCAACUUAGAAGGGAAGCAAUUUCUUCGGUCUCUAACGUUGGAUUGGGGGAGAAGUGAUGAUGGAAAGGUUCAAGGAAUUGAUGAAGUGGGGAGAAGUGAUGUUGGAAAGGUUCAAGGAACUGAUGAAGUGGUGCUAGAAGGUCUAAAGCCACACCCAAAUUUUAAGGAAAUUAGUGUAAGAUCAUUUGUGGGUGUUAAAUUUCAUCUAGAUGAUUUGGAGUACAUUUCAGAGGAAGCAAGUAAUAGUUCUUCCUCAUUAUCAACAACAUUCUUCCCAUCCCUUGAGCAAAUCACCCUUUAUGAUUGUCCUAAAUUAAGGGGAUGGUGGAGGAAACUUGAUUAUGAAGAUACAGAGUUGCCUUCAUUUCCUUGUCUUUCCAAAUUAGAUAUCCAAAAUUGCCCCAAUUUGAUAUUGAUGCCGAUAUAUCCAUCUCUGGAAGAAUUAAAAUUGCUCAAGACCAGCUCGAAACCGCUGGAGUGGACGAUGACGAUGACGUUGAUGAAUAAAGGGGAACCAUCAACUUCCUCUUGCUUUUCUGCCCCUCUCCCCAAUUUAAAGUCAAUGCUUAUGAUUAAAAUUUCUGAUCUAGAAUCUCUUCCAAUGGAUGGGAUGAAACUUCUCUGGUGA